AGAAGGGGAGGUUAAUUGAUGCGAUUCUCUCUCUCUCUCUCUCUCUCUCUCUCUCCAUGUAGUAAACAGAUAGAGUCGCAGUGCAGAGGCUGCUGUAAACAGACAUUUAAAUGGAGAGACGAGAGAUUCGUGAGAAAUACUCCCCAUAGUAUUUCUUCUCUCAUCUGUGCUGCUAUCAACUGGCCAUCGUCGCCACCUCUUGCGAAAAUACAACCCCCAGUUGUGUUCUUGUUAAAGGACAGGAGAUUCUACAGCCAUACAUGUAUUGUAUGUAUUUGUAAACGUGUGUGUUUAUGUAGGGUACUGUAUAUAUAUAUAUAUGUGUGUAUAUAUAUAUAUAUGUGUGUAUAUAUAUAUAUAGAUGUCUGUAUAUAUAAGGGUACGUUUGUUGUUCAUCGUCGCAUGUUUAUCUGUUGAACAGAGACAGUGAUUGACAGGUCUAUGUACACACACAUAGAUGCACAGAGAAAGAAAACAUUGCGAAAACGAAAUUCUUCGCCUCAAAGACUAGACAUCAACAAUAAUAAUAAUAAUUGUUAGCAUUAUUGUUGUUGUUAUUAUUAUUAUUAGCUGUUGUCAAUCGAAUUUGGAAUAUUUGGCUUCUUUUAAUUGAGGUUUAAUUUCUUUAAUUGGCAAACGAAAGCGGAUUAUUACAAUCGCGAAUGCAAAUGUAAAAAAAAAACAGAAGAGAAAAAUGUUUAUCUGAAAUAAUAAGGAAGAUGUGACGACGAUGUGUAGAAGAAUGACUCGGAUUGGAUAAAUAACGAAGGUUUUUUUGUAAAAUAAUUGUAGAUAACACGAUCAGUGGAGAUAUUUUUCAUUGAGAUCUAUCAUUGUCUUGGAAUAAUAACCCCUAAAAAUCUAUGGCUUCGGAUGAGAAGAAACUGUUGUCCGGUGCAAGUUACAAACCGGUUGUGAAUGACUGCGACAAGUUGUUGGUGGCGAGCAAUGGAUGCGACGGUUGUAUUUCAAAUAAUCGAUGUAAUAACAUGACGAAAGCGGCUACUCAUUGGUCGUCGGAACAAAACGGUGCGAGGAGAUGUGCUGGCAAUUCAUCUUAUAUGGUACCCACUUACCAUUCGUUACCCAUGGAUAUCAUAAAACGCACCGAGUACCCGCAGUCCUCCUCCACCCCGUGUCGGGGCAACGGUUUAGCUGGGCACCACCACCAUCAUCAUUAUCACCACCAUCACCACCAUCAUCUCACCACCAACUCCAACAUCAACAGCCUCAACAAUACUCGUAACCACUCCAAUAAUAAACAACACAGCGGUUGUCACCCCCAGAAGGUUCACACCGGACCCCAAUACGGGUCGCCGCCGCCGUCGCUCAAGGACCGUAAAAGCUUCAAAAAUGUGUUUGUGAUCGGUUUUGCUUUUAUGUUCGUCUACACAGCUUUCAUGUCCCUUCAGAGUCUUCAAAGUUCUUUAAACACCGAUGGAGGGGUCGGUGUUGUGUCGCUUAGUUGUAUGUACGCUUCUACCGUCCUCUCGUGUUUGCUUGCUCCUUGGAUUAUCAGUAAACUAAAAUGCAAGUGGACCAUGGUAUCUGCUUUUAUUCUCUUUUCUGCUUACUUCGCUGCUAAUUUUUACCCUAAACAUUUCAUGUUAAUUCCAGCGGGCAUGAUUCUCGGUCUGUUGACCGGACCGUUGUGGAGUGCCCAGGCUACCCUUGUCACGACGAUGGGUAUUAUGCAUGCACAAAGAAUACACAAUUACGACACAGAUGCCGUCGUUAAUAAAUUCAUGGGCAUUUUUUACGCUUUCUACCAGAGUAGCCAAAUUUGGGGUAACAUAAUCACAGCGACAGUUCUCUUUAACAACGACACCGUGCAAGCUUAUAACCCGGUUGUAGAGGUGUGGCGCAAAGCUGCUACCGCCCUCAACGAAUCAACGGCUAUAUCGGCCUACAUUUAUUCGCGCCCUUCCUCGCUAUCGUAUUCCUCACAGUUCACCUGGAAGAAAUGCGGUGCCAAAUUCUGCGACCUGCCGUUUGCCGAUCCUGGUGCUGAGUACCACGACUAUAACCCCAUCGUGGCCGGAAUAUCUGACGAUUCUCGACACAUGCUUCUUGGAGUUUACCUGAUCUGCGGCAUCAUGGGCGCCAUCAUAAUCGUGGCCCUCCUGGACAAAGAGGGCCACAAAGAAGAGUCCUACGGCAACCUUUCGUCUCGUGAACUCUGCUUGGCCACCGUGCGAAUGCUGUGCGACCCCAAAUGCCAGUUGCUAAUGCCGCUCGUCCUUUUCCUCGGUUUGCAACAAGGAUUUCUUUUCGGAGAUUUUACUAAGGUAAACUCACUUCGUUUCUUCUUUGUUCUUCCUCUCACUACUACUUCGCCUCUUUUUAACUGUCAUUCAUUCAUUCACCAUCGUUCGUUCAUUCAUUCAUUCAUACAUCCAGCCAGUCUGUCCGUCCGUCCGACUGUCUGCCAGCCCGCCCGCCAGUCUUGCCAACCUGGCUGA